ACCACACGGCCGCAAGGACCAGUCCAGAGAUGAUAAUCAUCCCCAGUACCACGCGUCAUUCUAGUUACAAGUCUGCUACCUCUACGCAGAAAAACAACAAGCGACUAUCUCUGUCCUCAUCUUCUCCUCGCCAAUCUUUCCGUGACGGCGGGUGCCCCAUACGCAUCAUGGCAGUAUAAACAUUAUCACAAACCGAGGAACUACGCCUUUCCCGGCAACCUGAACUCUCCUUGAAAGCCGUAGAGCUCACUCUCUUUGCUCAGGGCCUCCUUUCGAUACCACCACUUCGGCCGCAGCCAUGGCCGACUCGCAAGAGCCCAAUGUCUCACACACAGCCCGUAGCCCUCGCACCAUGUCGCCUCCACUCGCUGCCGGGACAGAAAAGCCUCGCCGGGGACUAUCGCCACUGCGAUUAGAGCAAAAUGCAAACAUAACAGAAGAUAUUCUCAUCCCUUCGCCUGCGAAUGGCGCUCCCAAAAUCAUGCGAUCUGCCCCGACUGGCUCGCCACUGUCCUCCAAUGAGCCCUCCGAGUUUCCCUUUCACAUAGCACUCCCCGCAUCAAAUGGGGCUAUGGAACCGAGAGACAUGGCCGAACCUCCCCCUAAAGCGCAUAAGCCCGCCUCCCACAUGUCAAAUGGAUCCACUGGCUCCUACUAUCCGCCCUUUGCGCCCAUCUCGCGACACCCUACCGAAGGCGAGACCUCUGAUGCCCCACGAGAACGAAAAAGCGUCCAGUUUGCUCGAACCAAGACACACACUGCCGAUCCAAUGGGACCCGACUCGCGACAGCAGUCAUGGGACGUCGAGGAUGUUGAGGGCAAGGGCAAGGAUAAGGACCGGCAGGGCACAUCGCUGAUGGGGAAGCUGAGGGCGCUGGCAUCACCAAUGCAGGGCCAUGGCAGGAGCCAGAGCGGAAUCGCCCCAGUCUCAUCGAAUCACGAGGGCUCACCUCACGGCCAGCUAUCACCAAACUCAGAACGCGACGAACCGCGGUACGACAUUGACAGUGAAGCAGACGCUGAUGGCGAGUCGAGUGCCGGCGAGGGGGUCUCAAGACCUCCACGAAGACGAAAACGGAGUCGGCGCUGGUUCGAUGGCGAAGGCGAAGGCACACAGACGGCCCCUACAACCCCCAAGCAGACAAACUCCUUCUUUUCGCGCGAUUCGCCUAACAUGACACCCACCUCGACUCGACCUGGUUUCCUACGUCGUGGCACGAUGGAUGACAUACCUGAAAACGAUCGCCAGGGCUACUCAGAAGACGAAGGACGCUCCCGCAUCGCCAAAGAGAGCGCGUGGACACGCGGCCUACACAGUGCUAGGGGUCUUUCCUAUGGUGGUCUGCGAAGGCACGAUCCCAACGCAGACGAGGAUGGCCAACAUGAACGACGGCCAGGCCAUCUAAGAAGCUUGACUUCCUUCAAGGGGAAUGCGGGAGACACACAUCCUUCUCCGUGGCGGAUGCGCGGCGAGCGUACUUCAAGUCUGAGUGCUCAGAAAUGGAAGUCGAUCAAGAACAGUCUCAAAUUAUUGGGCAAUCGGGCCAAGGCAGAACGACAGGUGGAUCAUGCAAAGUCUGCAGAGUUGAUGGCAGAACUACUAGCAGGAGCGCCCGCCGCCUUGUUUCUCGCCAGCAUGUUCCAGCGUGAUGAGCACGGCCACAAGCGCAUACCAGUACUUCUGGAGCAACUCAGGGUUACCAUCACAGAUACCGACAAGACCAAGGAUAAAGAAGGCGAUCGACAUACGGCUCUGCGUAUAGAGCUGGAAUACGGAAGCGGAAUGACCCGGAUGAAGUGGGUUGUAUACAGGACUGUUACAGACUUUGCAAAUCUACAUCUCAAAUUCAAGAUUCAGGAGAAGCAGGACGCAUUCCGGAGCCGUCCCGCCAACCGUGGGAGAGAGAUCAAGGAGAAGGGAAAGGAGGGUGAGGACGAGAAAGAGGAAGAGAAAGAAGAUCCAAGAACAAAACUUCCUCGCUUUCCCAGAAGCGUGUUACCUUACCUCAGAGGUCUGCGAGGGUACGGCAUCUUAGACGAGGAGGAGGAGGAAGAAGAGGAACUUGCGGUUGGUGGAGGCCUAGCCAGUGGACCGGAUGGUUAUGCCAGUGCGACAGAUCGUCCUCCCCGGGGUAAACGCAACAAAUCGUCUUUCAUGGCUCGCAGAAAGUCAAGCGUAGGUGGAGACCAAACUCCAGGCGCCAUUGGUCCUCUUUCCGCAAGACAAGGUAGCUUCGCAGGAACGGCGGGCCAGCCAUUACAAACAAAGCAAACCCAUCAUGAUCGCCAACGAAAGAAGUUGGAAGCCUACAUCAAAGGGCUGAUGACGUACCUCAUCUUCCGUCCUGACAGCAAUCGACUCUGCAAAUUCUUGGAACUGUCUGCCCUCGGUGUGCGUUUAGCCGCAGAGGGUGGUUACCAUGGCAAAGAGGGACACCUAAUGAUCAAGUCAUCGAAAGGGGUCGACAACCGAAAGGGAUGGGCACGCAUUCCCAUGAUGACUCGCCACUGGCCCAAGUGGUUUCUUGUGAGACACAGCUACAUUGUCUGUGUCGACUCUCCCGAGGAGAUGAACGUCUAUGAUGUAUUUUUAGUUGACGCGGAUUUCAAUCUCGAAUCAAAGUCGGGCAGAAUUAGGGACAAAAAGGCCAGGGAAAUUGCAAGCGAGGCCAAGGCGUCGGCCACAGGUCACCACCAGCUAAAACUUGUCAACUCGGAGCGCAAGAUGAAGCUACUUGCCAGAAAUGACAAGAUGCUACAGCAGUUCGAAGAGUCGAUAACGUUCAUGUCGCAAAACACAAUAUGGUCGCAACGGCAGCGAUUUGACAGCUUCGCCCCGGUACGAAAGAAGAUUUACGCCCAGUGGCUUGUUGAUGGCCGAGACUACAUGUGGAAUGUCUCGCGGGCCAUCAGCAUGGCUCGCGAUGUUAUCUACAUUCACGAUUGGUGGUUAAGUCCGGAAUUGUACUUGCGACGCCCAGCUGCCAUAAGCCAAAAGUGGAGACUUGACAGAUUACUCCAGCGGAAAGCGCAAGAAGGUGUCAAGAUUUUCGUCAUAAUGUAUCGCAACAUCGGCGCUGCCAUUCCUAUUGAUUCCGAGUACUCCAAAUUCUCCCUACUCGACCUCCAUCCAAAUGUCUUCGUCCAGCGGUCGCCGAAUCAGAUCCGUCAAAACACCUUCUUCUGGUCACAUCACGAGAAGAUUUGCGUCAUCGAUCACACGGUCGCUUUCUGUGGAGGUGUCGAUCUGUGCUUGGGUCGUUGGGAUACACCGCAGCAUUCCGUGGUCGACGACAAGCCUACAGGGUUUGAGCUUGACGAUACCCCCAAGGAUGCGGAUCAUUGUCAGCUGUGGCCCGGUAAAGACUACUCGAACCCGCGCGUGCAGGACUUCUUCGCCCUCGACAAGCCAUACGAAGAGAUGUAUGACCGAACCAAAGUUCCCAGGAUGCCAUGGCAUGACAUCGCCAUGCAGAUUGUCGGCCAACCAGCACGCGACUUGACGCGUCACUUCGUUCAGCGGUGGAAUUAUCUAUUGCGGCAGCGGAAGCCUUCUCGGCCAACACCCUUCUUGCUUCCUCCACCAGACUUCAAUCCAGCAGACAUUGAAGCUCUUGGACUAGAUGGCACGUGCGAGGUACAGAUUCUGCGCUCCGCAUGUGCCUGGUCUCUUGGUACACCCAACAAGGUCGAGCACAGUAUCAUGAAUGCGUACGUCCAAAUGAUCGCCACAUCCGAGCAUUUUGUGUAUAUUGAGAACCAGUUCUAUAUCAGCAGUAGUGAGGUCCUGGGCACCAAGAUCGAGAACAAGAUCAACGAUGCCAUAGUCGACCGCAUCAAGCGCGCUCACGCGAACGACGAAGAUUGGAGAGCGUGUAUUGUGUUGCCUCUGAUGCCUGGUUACCAGAAUACUGUUGAUGAGCAGGAAGGAAGCAGUGUUCGCCUCAUCAUGACAUGCCAGUAUCACAGCAUUUGCCGUGGUGAAACCUCGAUUUUUGGGCGCCUUCGAGCAGCCGGUAUCGAGCCGGAGGAUUACAUUCACUUCUACGCUUUGAGGGCUUGGGGUGAGAUUGGUCCGAACAAGAUGGUUGUCACGGAGCAACUCUACAUUCACGCCAAGGUCAUGGUCGUCGAUGAUCGAGUUGCUAUCAUUGGAUCAGCGAAUAUCAAUGAGCGUUCUAUGCUGGGCUCGCGAGACUCUGAGGUUGCUGCCAUCAUCCGAGACACAGAGGUGCUCGACUCGUACAUGGCAGGCCAGCCAUACAAAGUCGGAAAGUUUCCUCACACGCUUCGCGUUCGGCUCAUGCGCGAGCAUCUGGGCAUUGACGUCGAUUGCAUCACUGAUGAAGACCUGGCGAGCCAGAUGUCCGACGCCGAUAGCACCGCGUUUCAGACUGAAUCCUCGACACCUUCAUCUCCAACAGCCCACCGAGAGACCGAACAGAAGUUGGAAGAGAACAACCACAAGAUGCAGGAUGAUCUUAUAGCUCGUGCUGAGAAGUUGCACAGCUUCAACCACGAUUUCGACUGGGCGCAAGCAGAGAAUCCUAACCUGAAGCCCAACAAGAAAGAAUCAUCCGAUCCUCGGGUUCAGAGCAACCCAGCCCAUCAAAAGGACGUCCGUGGAGAGGGUGCGGACCAUAUGAUCGAGGUCGAAAAUAGCCGUCCCAGUAUAGCGCGAGGGCGGGACUCUUAUAUCGAUGACCAUGGCCAUGAGAAGCUUGUGGUCGACGUCGCCGCUGAAGGCUUGUCGGCUACACCGAAGAAGAACUCAACUACUAGAACACGCGGUCGUAGUAACACCACCGGUACAAGGAACAGCGCGCUAAGUAGUCAUCAUGAGGGCCAUGGUUAUGCUGGCCUCCCACCACCUCGGUUACCACGCAUGGACACGGCAAAGCUAGGGUUGACGCAGCUAAGCCAGCUACCCGCCCUGCCUCCGGCUGACGAUACCGACAUCGGUGGACCACCACUCCAACGCACUUUCAGCCACGCCUCCUCUGGCGUCAUCAAUCCCCUUCUUGCCGACAUGCGACGACCCAUUGUUACCGAGGACUGCAUGCGCGACCCUAUCAAUGACGCGUUCUAUCUCGACACAUGGCACCAGGUCGCAGAGAACAAUACCAAACUUUUCCGUCAAGUGUUCCGCUGCAUGCCCGAUAACGAGGUCAAGACGUGGAAAGAGUAUCAGGAGUACGCGGCAUUUGCGGAAAGGUUCUCGAAGGCUCAGGGAGGGGAAAAGAGUCAGCAGCAUAGAGCGCAAGAUGCCCCUGGCAAGACUGGGCCACCAGGCACUGGACUCACAGAUAAGGUUACAACAGCCGCUAGCAACGUCGGUAAGCAGGUGGAAGCUCAGUUCGACAAACUUACCGAAAAAGUAACAAGCAACCCCGACAAAAGCGGCGAUACCCUCACCCACCACUCGCGCAUUGGUGGUGUAGAACAAUGGGCUGAAGACCAGGAGAAGCGUGUGCAAAGCCAGAGUCCACCCCCACCUACGGCCCGCGGUCUCAACCUUGAUACUAAUUCUGGCUCAACCUUGAACGACAACGUAGGGAGAAGGCCAGCAGAUGAUGCCAUUGUGAGCCCUAUGAAUCCCGAGCUACCAGGAAAGACCUUCACCUUCCCACCAGCACCGCCGAUUCCUGAUACCGAAAGAACAGACUUUGCAACCAACAAUCCUGCAAACAGUACCGCUCGUGGCCGCAACGUUACCAUUUCCGAACCCCCGCUCCCUUCUCAGUCACAACACCCCCACCGCUCUUCCACGAAGCGUUCACGCCGCCGUGCCACUACCAAGUCUAGCGCCCGCCAAUUCCACGCCACGGACUCAGACGCUAUGUUGGAGAAGGAGGAUGCGAGAAAUCUGCUCAAGCUAGUGCAGGGCCAUCUUGUUCUUUGGCCGUACGAUUGGUUAGAGAAUGAAGAGAGGGGAGGAGGGUGGUUGUAUAACGUCGAUCAGAUUGCGCCGUUGGAGAUAUACAACUAAACUAUUCCUUUUCGUAGAAAGGGGUGAGCACCGGACCAAGUCUUUCUUUUUUGCCUUAGGUUGCGACACUUGUUCUAUGGGUUUGGGCAUAAUUGAGUUGCGUUGUUUGCGUUCAUUGUAGAAACAAAGCGAAAGCAUUCACUGGCGUUAUGUCACUCUUUUUCUUGCUCUUAAUAUCUUACCUUUGCCCUUUGUCAAGGCUAGUGUCAUUAAUUAUGUAUCAUCGUCAUCAUCCAUCAUCCUUAUUAGCAUAUAAGAGCUUCAGUCAAAUUCUUUCAUGCGUUUGGGAGAGGUAGAAGGAGCUGGUUGUUUAGAGGCUAGUGCUGGUUCCUAUAAAGGUCUUGACCGUUGAUCUUCUAGUUUGCGUAAGACUGUAAAAUAGCAAUGGUUUAAUUUGACUGUUUGC